UCGCGAUCUCGAGGCACCCGUCAACGCCCUCAAGACUAAGCCGGCUGCAAGAUGGGUUUCGGCAAAAACGUCCUUCACGACAACCAUUUCCGCAAGGACUGGCAGCGCCGCGUCAAGACCUGGUUUGACCAGCCGGGCCGCAAGCAGCGCCGCCGCAUCGCGCGCAAAAAGAAGGCUGCUGCCCUUGGCGUUCGCCCCCUUGAUGUCCUCCGCCCGGCUGUCCGCGGCCAGACCGUGCGUUACAACCGCAAGCUCCGUGAGGGCCGUGGCUUCACGCUCGCCGAGCUGAAGGAGGCUGGUGUCGGCCGCAAGGAGGCGCUCAGCAUCGGCAUUGCCGUUGACCACCGCAGGCGGAACCUGAGCGAGGAGGGCAAGAAGCUCAACGUGGAGCGCUUGCAGGCGUACAAGGCGCGCCUGAUCGUCUUCCCCCGCAAGGCUGGCAAGCCCAAGAAGGGUGACACCACUGGCGAUGACCUCAAGGCCGCCACUGUCCGCUCGACUCUUGCCGCCAUCCCCAUCCCCGACGGUCAGCCGAUCGAGGGCCCCCGCAAGAUCACCGACGAGGAGCGCAACUUUGAGGCGUUCCGCUCUCUCCGCAUUGCUCGUGCCAACGCCCGGCACGAGGGUGCCCGCAAGGCGCGCCAGGCCAAGAAGGAGGAAGAGGAGGCCGCGAAGAAGAAGUAAACGUCUUGUUCGCUCUUUUUACCCGCCUUGCCGCCGCCUACACCAUAUGUAUCUGUGCAUUGUACCCUGAAAACUCGCACGAUAUGCCCCACUACGUCUUAUGCAGCCAAUAUGACCAUCCACUGCCGCGCUUCC